CGGCAAAUGACGGUCGGCACGAAGUUUGGCUUGGUUGGGAUGGUAUCCAGGGGACCGGAUGUUGCAAUAUUCUACUUCGACGAAGCCGCGAUCCCCGCUCCGGCAUUCAAGGCACCCAUUGAAUGCGGUGGGUCGAUGCCGCACAAAGCCGUGGCUGGUAGAGCUCCCACCAUGGAAGAGCAGCUUUAUAUUAUCGGACUGAAGGAUGCCAUGUCUACCCUCCCCUCCUCCGCCGCGCCGAGCCUCAACCUGGCCGAUCUGACGUCGACUCUGCCAGCAGCGCCAAAGCCAAAGCCUAUGGGCUCUGGUGGCACCGCCAAUAGCCUCAGGUUCUCGCUUAUAAAAGACCUGGGUACGGACGGAUUCCGCGACAUAUUAGGAGAACUUGUCAAGAUGUUCGAAACGCUAGACAACAGCGCAGUGGAUCUCUAUAUCAGCGAUUAUACCGAGAACAACCUACUAUAUCGUUAUCCCGAACCGACCGAACUAGGAGAAGAUAGCAGCCGCGAUGGAGAUGCCUUCGGGUAUACAGAUCGUCUGAAGCGACAGUGGCAGGGUCCCUUUGGAUAUCACACAAUGUCGGUCCGGGCUUACCCACCGCACUCUAGCUGGGCUCGGGACAAUCUCAACGAAGGCGACAUCGUCCUCCUGCGAAACGUCCGUCUCAAGACGAGCCGGAAUGGCUUCCUCGAAGGGAAUCUUCACCCAGACCAAAAGCGCCCCGAACAGGUCGACAUCCGCAAGCCUUACCGAGACGAUGCACGAGUCCAGGCAGUCAGACAGCGGAGAUCUGAGUACGAAAAGCAGCGUGAGACAUCUGCAGCACAGCAGAAAACCACAGAGGAACCUACGCUAUCAAAGAAGGCCAAGAAGAAGCUCAGCAAGCGUUUGAGGGAGGAAGCGGCGAAGGGGAAGGCUCUUGAUUUGGAGGCUGCAACAGCUGGGUUUGUGAUAGUCUCAAACGCGGAGACAUCUGGGCUUGAAUCAAAGGCCGUGGCAACAGGGUCAUCGCUGAACACACACAUACGCUGCAAGUACCCCGAUGUGCAGCUCAGCACCCUCCACGACCUCAUAAACACCGACCGUACCAACAAGAGUCCAGGCGGAGUCACCUACACACUGCCCUUCAUCAACCAAAAGCGGCGCGUGAGGGUCCGCGUCAAGGACUUCGACCCCCCAAAGAUCGAGGACUUCUGCUGCAGCAACGAUGACCCCGCGUACAACCCUGGCGGGCGCAAGAAGGGCCAGGCGCCGUGGGAAUUCUGCUUCCUUCUGCUACUUGAGGACGCGUCGGUCCCCAAAGAGCUCAACCCAAACCCGGCGCAACUGCCGGUCUAUGUGGCGCAGGACCGCGCGGAGUAUCUGCUGGACAUGAAGGCUUACGACUUCAAGAACGGCAACCACACCAAGAAGGCCCUCGCCAAGUUAAGGGAGAAGUUGUUCAUCCUCUGGGGGGACCUUGAGGAGAAGAAGGACCCGAAGACGGAGCAGGUCGUGGGCGAGGUGACGAACAUGCCCUUUGAGUGCAUCAUUGCGGAGUACGGCAUUCCGCAGAAUGCUGGAACUAAGGAGAAAGUCCAGAAGUUCGCCAUAAUGGACACUCGCAUUAUGUGAGGAAGAUUGGGCGGAAGGGGGGUACCUGGGGUCUGGGGCUUCGGUGGAAAAGUUGGUUUGAUUGAGCACGGAAUGGGUGAUUCUUUUGGCGGAAGCGGGUGCUGCAAUCUGGGCUUUCGGUGGAAAAGUGAGUCUUAAUGAGCACGGAGUGGUUGGUUCUUUAGGCGGAAAUGGGUUCUAAGGCUUAGGCUUUCGGGACUCAAAGGUUAGGCUGCGUGGGCACGAAAUGGGUGCUUCUUGGGACGGAACUGGGUAUUGCUUUCUGGCCUUUUGGUAGUUAAAAGUUAGGCGAAAUGGGCACGAAAUGGGUGAUUCUCAUC